GUGACGAAGUUCAGCCAGGCGGCCAUGGAGUGCCUCAUCUACGGGUCGUUCACGCUUUUAGGCGCGCGCAUCGUGCCGCGGCAGCCGUGGAUCUGGCCGUCGAAGCACUGGUGGAUCGGCUUCAGCUCCGGGUCCCACGCGGCCAUGCGCGACGACCUGCGCUGCUACUACCUCCUCUACGGCGCGCGCUACGUGCAGGGCGCGCUGAGCGUGCUUCUGGAGCCGAAGCGCAAGGACUUUGUGGAGAUGCAGCUCCACCACGUCGUCACGGUGGCCGUCGUCGCCAUCUCCUACCUCCACGGCUGGAACCGCAUCGGCUGCGUCGUCAUGGUGCUCCUGGACCCCGCGGACGUGCCGCUGCACGUCGCGAAGAUGUUCAAGUACGUCGCCGACGCGCGCGAGCGCCGCGACCGGGGCCUCGCGAGGGUCUGCACCUUCUGCGCGGACCGCGUCUUCGAGCUCCUCGCCGUCUUCUUCCUCGUCACGCGCAUCUCCAUGUACCCCUACGUCUGCUGGUCCGCGCACGUCGAGGCGACGCGCUACUUCCCCAAGGGCGUCCCCGAGUGGACCUGCGUCGGCCUGCUCUGGACGCUCUACGGCCUCCAGUGCUACUGGUUCUUCCUCAUCAUCAAGGUCGCCAUCAAGAUGCUCGUCUCCGGCGGCGGCGCGGAGGACAACCGGUCCGACGACGAGGACGAC